GACUUUGAAUACACAUUUGGGAAGUAGAACUCACAUGCUGGCACAGUAACAUAAAUAUGAACGAAAGUAUGAAGUUGUUUGAAGAAAUAGUAGGAAGCCAGUUUCCUAAUUUAUUUCUGGAUUCAUUGGAAGAGUAUCCUGACAUUGACCUAAAGGGCAAAAAACGCAAAACAGGUAGUCUAAGACACAGCUCUGGAAGGCCAAUUGUAAAAGAUAUGGAUACAAAAAUGGAAUACGUCGAGUCCGACAGUAAUAUAAACACGGUUUCGAUUGCGCAGGAGCUAAAUACGUAUGAAAUCAUUUUAAUAAGUUAGGUAAGGUUAAAAAGUCGAUGCUGACAAAAGCCAAUAAGGAUCUCUCUUGGACGACUGAGAAUGUUGGUACAUUGUAAUUAAAUACUUCUCUGCUUUGGAUUGAAUGUACACUUCGUCAAAAAAGGCUGCACUUAGGAACAAUAGACUGGAUACAAAAAAAAAAACUCGAUGUAUGGGUACCAUAGGAAUUAACCCAAAUAACCUCAUGGACUGAAUUUCUAUCAGUGUAUUACUGCUGAAUCGAAAUAAAAUUGAUCAAUUUCUCAAACGGAUGAUUCGUGGUUAUGAAACAGUCGUGGUCGAGUCACCGUGAUCGGGCGCAAACGGUGGCCAACUCAGAAUUGGCAGUCAGGAAGGUUUUUUUGUAUUUAAUUGGAUGUGCAGAGCAUCGCUUUUGCCUAUGAAACAAAGCUAAUAUUUGAGUUUACUACAUUUCUACACAUCUGCCACAGUCAUAAAGAGUACACAAAAUUUAUUUUAAAAAAAAUUGCACUCCGUCUUUGAAGCUUGCUGCAAGUGCACUUAAUAUCACCGAAGGAACGAGUGACCUAUUAACAUUGUUUGAUAUCAUUUACAGCAAUGCAAGUUGUGAGCUUGAAUAGCAACGAAGGCAAAAGACACAAAAAUACAUCACUUGUUCGGUUCUAUAAACAAAGCAAACAGUACAUAUGUAUUCUUUUCUUCUCACAUUUGCAUCGAAAAAAGUAUUUCGAGAAAAACGGGUUUAAAGUUUAACCUUAAGUUUUAGGCAGCGUAACUGAUAGUCGCCUCUGGCUGCACUUGUCCGCUAAAUCGGUCCAGUUGCCACAAAUAUAAUUAAAAGAAAAAUUUUAAUCAUAUACUUAAGAAUUACAAAAAUAAUUUAUUUUAGAAUUAUCAAUUUUUCAUUAGCUUUUAAAUCAAAAAGUAAUAUUUUAAAUUUUUAUAACCAAAUUUUAUUUUUAAUCCCAAAGUCGGAUUAGUUAAAGCCCUAAGUUUAAUUUUUCAUCCAAAAAUUUUGAAAAAAAAUUUUCAACCCUGAAUCUAUCGAUUGGAAAUUAAUGAUAACAUCAACAAUGUAGUUUUCUAAAAAGAUACCACUCAUUAGAACCAUUUAAAUAAGGAUACAAAAACAAGGAUGCCACACGAGUUAACGCAGAAAAACUUUGUAGAUCGAGUUUCCAUCGGCGAAUUGUAGAUCAUGUCUUAACUCGGACAUGUACUGAAAACAAUUGGACUGUAUAAAUGAAGCAAUUACAUAGAAGCCGCCAGAUUUGCUCAAUAGAAAAAGAGUUGUGCUCUACAAGGACAAUGUCAGGCCACACACAUCGAUAGGAACUAGUUAGAAGCUCCGGGAGCAUGGUUGAAAUGUUUAAUAUACUUCCACUUUAUAGUCGCGAUGUAGAACCAAUUGAUUACUAUCAGUUCCUGUCUAUGCGAAGGAUUUUUCUGGCUUAAACUUCGCCUUAAGAGAAACUCAUGCAAAUCGACUUUCCCAGUUUUGUCAAAAUACCUUCCAUAUGGCAUCAAUUUAUCGAAUAUUCAAUAUAAUUGUAAUCCAUUUACGGUUUCACCGAAUAGUGAAUGUUGAAUUCUUACGAACAUUUUUUUAAUAUAAUGUUCAGUUAAACUCAAGCUCAGCCCUACCCUACUUGUUAUUGACUUCAACUUUGUUGCUUCGUAGUAUUGUUAUUAUUGUCGUUAAAUUAUGAUUUUAUUUAAAGAACAGGUUGCCUUGGAAAAAGUCAUAUGUUCUUCUAUGCGGAAUUCUGGAAAUUAUUCAUUAGCGCUUCGGUUGCUAAGUGGUGCCUACAAUGAAACGAUGAAUAAAAAAACUUGCCUUUGGACUUCAAUACUUUUAAAGUUGUAUGUGUCAUGUAAAGAGAAUCGGGACGCCAACCAACUACUUGCAAUUCUUGGCGUACUUGCUGAAUUAGCCUACACUUCAGAGGAAUCACGCAGAAUGUUUGGUUGCAAUUACGUCAAGAAUCUCCUUGAAAUAAUAAGUAAAAAAUAUUACACUCCUACAGAUAAUUUGGCGGUUCUUCGUCUUAUGGUUAUUCUGUUACAAUUUUAUCCUGAAUAUAGUGCUCAAAGUAGCGGCAUAGUUAAAGAUUUUUUAUCUCAAUUUAUGGAUUCCCACAAUCAAAAUGUCAUGGAGAGUGCUGCUAAAUGUUAUCAUCAUCUGCUUUCUAUAUCGAAAUAUUGUUUCAAUAGAAUAGCAGUUAAGGAUCUUUGGGAGACGUAUCAAGGAGAACUCUUAGAUAUGUUACAAACGCUGUCGGACUCAUUCUUAGGAGUACUGAAUUCUCCAGUUAUUCAAGCUAUGAACUGUGAACCUUUGAAUAUUCCUAUGUUGGAACUUUGUGAUGAUCCAAUAAAAAGAAUUUCACAAGUUUUCAUACGCUUUAAAAAUGUGGCGGUAUAUUUUAUUGUGACAUUACGGGAACCAUUUUUAAGUGAAAAACCUGUUAACGCAAAUAGAAUCAUUGAUAUUAUAAAAGGUGCCUUGAAUGUUAUUCAAUUAUUCAACAACAGAAAAAAAACAAUUAAUAGUAUCAUGCGUAAUCUACUCCUACCUGAAUUUUAUUACAUUUUGCUACAAGUUUUAAAAGCUUUAAUCAUAACGUUAAAAAGUCAUUUAAGGAAGAAUUAUAAACAAAUAUGGAUGAUUUUGGGAGAUAUGCUUAAACUAAGCUCUCAUAAAAUCGUAAUUGAACAAAAGAAAACAUAUAUGCGUUUACAUGGAAAAAUAUAUGAUGUCAUUACUUUAUGGUGUAAAAUUGUUAAUCAAGGCAGUCGAAGUGAUUUACUGAUUAACUUUAUGCUGAAGGAUAUGCAAGAUAUAUCCUCUACUUUAUCGAUGAUAUUUAAAAGUAAAAUCUAUUCUUCAGCAACUAAUUUGAAGGCAAUUGUUCGCGAACUUAUUUCUUCCAAACAAAGAUGCAUAUUCCAAGUUCUAAAUUCAUCUCCAAGUAAUUUAAAAUAUGAUAUCACCAAGGCUAUUGAGGAGAAUGUUUUAACAGCUUUUAGUGGGAUGUAUGAUGUAUCACUGAAUAAAUAUAAUUGUGAAUGUCGGACUGAUUUUGUUUCAACUCUAUUCUCGAUGUUUACAGCAAAUAUUUAUUUAGAUCCAUCAUCAGCCGAAAUCUUAGUCAACGCAAUACGACAUAUACCUUUGAUGGACCAAAAGAUUCAAGAUCAUACUAAAUAUGCGUUAAUGAUGCUACAUUUGGAAAGCUGCAUACAUCCCCAAAAGAAUAAUUUAAAAUCUUUGAUUGAGAUUGAUCAUGUUCCUAUCGGCUUUCCAAUGGUAGAAUAUUUCUCAAUAAAAUCUAAAUAUGAAGAUAUUAAUAGGAUGAGCGAAAACUCUGCAAAAGAUAUAACGCAAACAGGUAUGUGUCUAGAAUUUUGUAUAAAUAUUUACAUCCAUUACAUUACAUUACUUUAGUAAAUUGUUUUUUUU